UUUUAGCAAACGGACCACGGACAACUAGCUAGUUAGCGGUCGUUGGAAACAAAACCUGACUCCACUGAAAGCAAGUUCGAAAUCCUUAUAGCUAAGCAUCUGCCAUCAGUUUGGACCGCGUACUAAUUUAAUCCAGAAGUUGAGAGUUUUGUGGUGAAGAUGGGGGUACCAAAAUUCUACCGAUGGAUUUCAGAGCGUUAUCCUUGUCUCAGUGAAGUUGUCAAGGAACACCAGAUUCCAGAAUUUGACAAUCUCUAUUUGGACAUGAAUGGGAUUAUCCACCAGUGUUCCCACCCGAAUGAUGAAGAUGUCCACUUUCGCAUUUCUGAGGAAAAGAUUUUUGCCGACAUCUUCCAUUAUCUGGAGGUGCUCUUUAGGAUCAUCAAGCCUCGCAAAGUCUUCUUCAUGGCUGUGGAUGGUGUCGCGCCAAGGGCAAAGAUGAACCAGCAGAGAGGACGGAGAUUCAGGUCUGCCAAAGAAGCAGAGGAUAAGAUAAAAAAAGCCCUGGAUAAAGGAGAGGUCCUUCCCACAGAGGCUCGCUUCGAUUCCAACUGCAUCACUCCUGGCACUGACUUCAUGGCAAGACUUCAGGAGCAGCUCAAAUAUUUUGUCCACAACAAGGUCUCCACUGACAAGCUAUGGCAAAAUGUCAAAGUCUACCUGUCUGGUCAUGAGACACCGGGGGAAGGAGAACACAAGAUCAUGGAGUUUAUUCGCUCUGAGAACGCAAAACCGGGUCACAAUCCCAACACCCGACACUGCCUAUAUGGCCUGGAUGCUGACUUGAUAAUGUUGGGUUUAACCAGCCACGAGCCAAAUUUUUCCCUGCUCAGAGAAGAGGUCCGCUUUGGAGGAAAGAAAUCCCAGAAAAGAAUAACAGCUCCAGAGGAGACAACUUUUCACUUACUUCACUUGUCUCUGAUGAGGGAGUACAUCGAUUAUGAGUUCUCUGAGCUCAGGAAUCAGAUUGGUUCUGAUUAUGACUUGGAGCGAAUAAUAGACGACUGGAUUCUAAUGGGCUUCCUAGUGGGAAAUGAUUUCAUCCCUCACCUCCCUCAUCUUCACAUCAACCAUGAUGCUCUGCCAUUGCUGUACAAGACAUACAUCAGUGUACUACCCAGCUUGGGGGGUUAUCUGAAUGAGAACGGCCAUCUAAACCUCACAAACUUUGAGAAAUACCUGGAGAAGCUUUCUGAGUUUGACCGGGAACAUUUUAGUGAAGUGUUUGUGGACUUGAAGUGGUUUGAGAGCAAAGUUGGUAACAAGUACCUGAAUGAAGCGGCUGGACUUGCAGCAGAGAAGGAAGCUGCUAGCAAAGACACCAACAAGAUGGAGGAUUCCUCUCUCUGUCUGGCAGCUCUGACCUCAUCAGAUGAAGUGAUUGGAGAAGGAAAGGUGACAAUGACAGAGGAUGAGGAAGAGGAGGAUGAUAUGUUUGAGACAGAGUUCAGACAAUACAAACGCACCUACUAUAUGACCAAGAUGGGCGUGGACGUGGUGUCUGAUGAGUUUCUUGCCAAACAGGCCAAGUGUUAUGUGGAAGGCAUCCAGUGGAUUCUCCACUACUAUUACCACGGGGUUCAAUCCUGGAGCUGGUACUACCCCUACCACUACGCUCCCUUCCUGUCUGACAUCAGGAAUAUAUCUGGGUUAAAACUGACCUUUGACCUUGAGAAGCCCUUCAUGCCCUUCCAGCAACUUUUGGCAGUCCUGCCAGCUGCCAGUAUGGAACUGCUGCCUGAGUGUUACAGGCAUCUGAUGACCAGUCAAAGUUCACCCAUUAUUGAGUACUACCCUCUUGACUUUAAAACGGACCUCAAUGGCAAGCAACAGGAGUGGGAAGCUGUGGUACUCAUUCCCUUCAUAGAUGAGAGGUGCUUACUAGCAGCCAUGGAACCAUAUAAUCACCAGCUGACCAAAGAAGAGAAAGCUAGGAAUCGCCACACAGAGUGUGCAGUCUACUCAUAUGAUGAGGAAAUAGACUUCACAUAUGCCUCUCCCCUGCCUCAGCUAUUCCCUGACAUCAUCCACUGCCAUGCCAGGAAAGCACACAUCCCCAUGGAUGCUUGGAAAGUGCCUUUGGACCAUGUCAGCAGGCGCACCGACCGCUCAGCUCUGUACUUUUGUGGCUUCCCCACACUGCAACACAUCAAACACAAGUUUUAUAAGAAGAAGAGUGGAGUGGUUGUGUUCCAGCAGAGCAGCAGAGGGGAGAACACAAUACUAGAGAUCCUUCCCAGCCAAGAAGGAGAGACGGUAUGUGAUGAUGUUGCUGCACAGGUAUUGGGGAAGUCUGUGUUUGUGAACUGGCCCCAUCUAGAGGAAGCUCGUAUCAUUGCAGUGUCAGAUGGAGACACCAAGUUUAGUCUGGAGGAACUGCCUGGUGUCCAAAGAGUGUAUGAUAGGCCCUCUACUCCUCCUCCCACCAAAGUCACCUGCCUGUCUGACAAGGAGCAGAAGGACUGGGUGAAAGAUGUCCAGGGAAUCACAGAAUACUACUUAAAGAGGAAAGGCAUCGUGGUGAAUGAGACCGCAGUGGUUUUGUAUGGCCAGUUGCUGACAGGGAGGAAGUAUGUCCCCAAACCCAAUGGAGUGGUGGAACUAGAGAAACAGUGGGCCAAACAAGUUCUCCCUUUCGCCUACCAAACCGUGGUUAAGGACAUCAAGGCCUUUUACUCCUCGCUGACCUGUUUUAAGAGCUUAGACGAGCUCUUUCCUCAAGCAACUACUGUCUUCAUGGUGGGGAAUCCGUACUACGGUGCCAUGGGAGAGGUACAGGACUCCAGUGAUGUCAUUAAAGACGGUCGAGUGCGUGUGGUGUUCAGUGUGCCGCAUGAGCCACAGCUGGAGCCCUUAAUCCAGAAUCAACACAAAUACUGUGUGAAGUACAGUCCCGGAUAUGUUCUGGCGUCUCGUCUCGGCAUCACCAGCUACCUCGUCUCCCGCUUCUCAGGAAGCAUCUUCAUUGGCAGAGGCUCUAAGAAGAAUCCUUGUGGAGAGCAAAGAGCUAAUGUUGGCUUGAACCUGAAGUUCAACAAGAAGAAUGAAGAGGUUCCUGGAUACACCAAGAGAACUGAAAAAGAGUGGCUCUACUCUGCUGCCGUGGAGGAACUGCUAGCUGAAUACCUGGACAGAUUUUCUGAGGUAUUCAACUCAGUGUCCAGAAACAGUCAUGAUGAUGUUUUCUAUGAAGAUGACAUCUGGCCUGGAGAGGACCAGAACGGAGCAGAGAAAGUUGCUGAAAUCACCUCAUGGUUGAAAAGUCACCCAGUCAGUUCCAUCAGCAGGGCGUCAUGUGACCUGCAGGUGCUGGACGCUGCCAUAGUGGAAAGGAUUGAGGAGGCAGUGGAGAAAACGAAGGUGAAGAAGAGCACCAAGAAAGUCCGUGUGACUGUUAAACCUCAUCUGCUCUUCAGGCCGUUGGAGCAGCAGCAGGGUGUGGUUCCAGACCCAGAUGCAGAAUAUCGGCUGUUUGACAGAGUGGUCAACAUCAGGGAGAGCUUCACCGUCCCACUGGGACUCAGAGGAACGGUUAUUGGCAUUAAAGGAGCGGAGCGUGAAGCAGAGGUUCUCUAUGAGGUGCUGUUUGAUGAAGAAUUUGCUGGUGGUCUCAACAUCAGGUGUACGUCACCUCGUGGUUACCGCCUCCCUCCGUGUGCUCUCAUCAAUCUUUCCCAUGGAGCCCGAGUGGAUCACACCUCACACAAACUCACCGCCAUCGUCAAACCUCAGCCCGUCACUGGUGCUAACUUCAACUCACAACGCCAGCUGGCCGGCCUCAACCAUUCGCCACGGUCACCCUUCAUACCCACACAGCAUAACAACAAACAUGGUGUAGUGAAGGCAGCCUCCCAGGGCAACAGGAACUCUCCCUCUAAGGGUCCCAUACAGAAACAACACGCCAAGGUAAGUGCGAGCUACAGUAAUGUGUGGCAGUCUCUGCAGAACUCAGGCCCUCCUAACAAACCUCCUGCCCACUGGCAGAAUAAUGAAGGACACUCCCAACAGGGGAAGAACCAGCACACAACCUCCAACAAAGCUGCCCCAGUUGGUGGCAUCAGACUGUUGAAGAAAAAUGAAGAUGCUGAUUCCCUUUUCCCCUCACAGAACACAGCUAAUAAGGCUUCGACUGAGUUUGAAGAGCUCAUUGCCAGUCUGAAGAUCUCUAAGGGAAACCAACAUGCCCCACCUCCUCCUGCUCCUCCACAAGCACCCAUUAGCCAGCCAGAUGGUCCAUUGUCUCCACAGUCCUUCGCCAUGAAGGGAACCCUGGUUCUAAAGGAAAUGCUGAAGAUUGACAGUGCUGGAACAGAAAGUCCCUCUUUCCAGGACACUGCUAAUACCACCCACCCUGGAGGUCAGCAGCAGAACAGGAGACGAUCCUCUAAGAAACUAGCAGCGAAGAUGAACGCCCCUCAUGGUGACACAGUUGGAUUAUCUUCUCCUGCAUCAGCUGCCCCCACCACCCUCCCAAACACUGUGCUGGCCAGUAAGGUGUCAGAGCUGGCGUGCAUGUGUGUGGGAUUAGGCAUGGCACCACCUGAGUUCAGCUAUAUACGCAACAGACAGGGUUUAGUCGUGUGUCAGGUGAAGCUGUCCAAUGGGUUGAUGGUUCAUGGUCCACAGUGCCAAUCAGAAAAUGAUGCCAAGGAAAAAGCUGCUUUCUUUGCCCUCCAAAGACUGAACUCAGUGGGAUCAGGCUUCCCCCUCCCACCUCCUCUUUAUCCCGGAGUGGGUCAGAUUCGACCACCACCCAUAGGAGCCAUGACCCCGGUCUUCAAGCCAACAAGGUCAGUCUUCCCUCCUUACAUUUUAGUUUAAUAAACUGUUGAGGUCGUAACUUGUACAGUAUCUCUUUGAGGGCAGUAGUAACAGAGUUCAGUAACUUUCAGGAGGGAAUGGUAAACCCAAAGGGAACAGAUGUCUGAUUACUCAUAUCUCCAAUUCAUUGCUUUUGGCAUUUGCUCUCAUGUAAAAGAAUUUGAACCUUUUGUAUGCUGUUUUCUCUUGCUCUUUUUCCCAGGUGGUUUGCUGUUGCCCCACCAGGGCUACGCUCCUGCCCCUCUGUGGGGAAUGGCGCUGCCUCCACACCACCAGAGCCAACCGUUUUAUGGAGCAGCAGGAACCUUCCCUGGAGCCGCCCGCCCCCAGCCUGCAACAACACUGCCCAUCGGCUCACACAACCAGUUCAUCCCGUUACAGGUAACCAAGAAGCGGGUCUCAGCCAACAAGAAGAACCAGGAAACUCGCGAGUUUUACAGCGCUGCUCAAACUGUGGCCAGGAACCAAUCACAGAAAGCCCAGAACCAGCCCUCCGGCCAAUCACAAAUCCAGAGCGAACCACAGAGUGGUAAAGUCGACCAGCCACACCAACAUGCUGCCAACAGCGCCCUCUCUUCGUCCGGUGCCAGUCUAGCAGAUGCCGUUUCCUCAACGUCAGCGGCCCCUCACACGCCCCCUCGACAGAACAUCCCAUCCACAGGCCACACCCCCGGCUCCGCCUCCAAGAGGAAGCACAGAAAGCUGGCUGUCAACUUUGAGGCGGCUAAAGUCUCAGAGUGAUGAGCUGGGAUUUGUGUGUGUGUAUGUGUGUAUGUGUGUGUGUGUGUGUGUGUGUGUGUGUGUGUGUGUGCGCGUGUGGUGCGCGUGUGUGUGUGUGUGUAGUGUUUUUAAGUUUAUGUUUUAAAGCCUGACUCAGCAUCUCUGAUCAAAACCUCCUCAAUGUGAAAGUUUCUUUUCACGAAACAUUUCAACACAGAAAGCAGCUUAAGUUGAAACAAGGGCACAGAGCAAACUUUGCAUUUCCUUUUCUGUUUAUGUUUAUGUUUGAGCAAACAAAAAUUCUCCCAAUUUUAGUGCCAUCUUCCCCAAAACACACCCCAGAAAUAUCAGUGAUGGAAUUCCUUUGUCCCUUCCCUCAGUUAUGUCAAUGUUAAAAAAAAACAGACCUGGCUAGUAGUGUAGUGCUACAUUCCCUCUGACGUGUUGCCUUCUUAACCUUUUUUGUGGCCGGUGUGAGCCUGCAGGUUGCUGUACAGUUAGCUUACUGCUAUGGAAAGCAAUCCAGUAUACUGGCUAGAAGAGUAGUUAUAGCUCUUUUUUACUGAAGCCAAAUUAGCAUUUGAUUCAGACUAUUAGUGCUGUAUUCAGUACACAUAGCGGAGAACUAUGAUUCCUUACAGCCAAAGUUUUAUUUUUGUGGCCCUGGGCUGUACUAACCAAGUAACUGACAGUCAUACUGAUUGUUAAAAAAACCCAUGUUCGUCAAAUGGAUCUAAAAGGCGAAGAGUUAAAGUAAUUCCUGAACUGUCCGAUGUAAACAUCCACUCACAAAGCUGCUGUCGUAGUUGUGUGCACUGGCAGUUUUUGUGUGCAGUGACAGAUUAUUCGGGACAUUUCACGGGUGCUCACCUUCAGCCUCCUCUGACCCGUGUUUUGUGAUGUUGUCAUGUUUCAAGAUCUCAGCAGUUUGGCUGAUAUCUUCGAUUCCUGAUGUCCACUUGUUUGUUCGAGCUCGGCCUGGUUAAGAAUGUGUAGUAAAGGAAGUGAAAUGCUGCCUUAGUGUAUCCUCAUUAAAUAUUAAUUUUAUGGAAAUAAAGAAAACAAUAGCUACUCAUCAGCCAGUAUAUUGGAAAAUAUGAGAAUUUUACAGUAACUAAAACCUUAAGUGCAAAACAUGUUUUCUCUUUGGACAUAACAACCUAUAGAAACUGAAAUGAAUAUGGUGUUAUUGGAUAUUUUAAUCCCAUCCAGCCUCCUCACAUGUCAGUUCUCUACCGUCCAGCUUCACCCCUUCAGAGCGAUGCCUUGUGUAUUUAAGGACAGGAGAGUUUUCACACUGACUUAAGCUACUGAUGUCAUCUUUACUCUGGAGACAAUAUGGCAGCGUAGACUGAGAACACACAUCUGAAUGCUGAUUUGUUGAGAUCCAUCAUGCUCCUGGUCACACAGUGCCCUUGAUAUUUUGGAAACCCUCUUGGAUCAAAUUUAGAUCUCGGUUCUCAGGGACAUGUAGCCAUGGUAGAAACCCUCUUCAGAUUUGCACUGCAGUGGCAACUACUGCCUGCUUUCUCUCUGAGUACUUGUAGACACUAAGUUAUUUACAUGUACAUACUUCAGUGAACUAGUUUGAAUGCACAUGAUGCUGCGUUGGCCUUGUUUUUUUUUUUGUUUUUUUUUUUUUUAGGGAGUGUUGUUGUAUUCAUUAAGUAGAAAUACCUGCCUUCCGUCAUGGCUACACUUGUAUAUACUGGUAUAUGAAGCAUUACAGUCAUUUGUAUCAAAAUUCAUCAGCUUUGUCAGGUUUGGAUCAGCUGUGUUAAUUGGACCGACAUUCAUGAUCUGUUUUAAGGUUUCCCAUUUGAUUGUGAUGAUCAUUUCUUAUUAAGAUUCCCAACCUUCUAUUUUAUACCUCGCUGCAUUUUUAUUCUUUUUUGUGGUUUGUGAACAACACCUCCAAAGUAAAAAGUUUGCACACAUUGCAGAAUUAUGUGGACAUGAGAACUGAUUGGAAGAGAGCCCCCACCACCCACAUACACACAUACACACACCACGUUUGAUUUUGCCACUGCAGAGCUGUUUUACACCAGCAGAUAACCCAGAGUGACUCAACCUACAGUAACAAGAGAAUUCAAACCUCCAGUGGAUUGUUCAUUUUAUUUUUAUAAACUGGACCCUUUGAAGUCCUUUAAUUUUAUUGUUGCAGUCUACAAACAAAUUAGAUUUACUGAGUUCUGUUGGACCUAUAGGACCACUUACACUGCCAGAUUCCAAAAGCAACUUGAUUCAAAAUGCAUCUUUCUGUUUUUAAUUGACUGGUGUCAGGAGAUUGUGGCUAAUUUUACACAGGUGCAAAAAAAAAAAAAAAAAUGCAUUUUUUUGGUCUUUGUUCUUUUUUUCAAUAAGAUGAAAUAUAAUUUUCUUGUGAAUGUGGGACCUCUCAAAGUUUAUAAAACCACGUACUUAGACUUUUUAAAUACGAACCAAAAUUUUGAUUUUAUUGAUUAUGUAAAGAUUUCUCAUGUAUGACAGAUAUCUCAUAUAACAUUGUUUGUAUUUUUCAAACAUUUCCAUUUGAGUCUGAUACUUUUGUUAUUAUAGUUCCCUCAGUGACCUUUCAGUGGCAUGUGGGAUAUGAUUUGAGAGCCACACACAAGUGGUAAUUGAUAAGACUGAAAAAAAUGGACAUAUAGAGACAGUACCUAUGACUAUAUGAGUUGCAUAUUGGUUAUUUUUGAAUCUGUGUAAAUGCAGCCAAAGAGAUUUGUAACUCUAACAUAACAUUGUUGUAUUUAAACCAUUAAUGUAUUCACAUUAUGUGCCCACUAAAUUGAAUAUAAUCUCUGAGAUGCUUUGCGAGUUAAAUUUUGGGCUUCAUUGUACACCUCUAUACUCACCUGGACUUGUGUACAUAAGCACACAUCCAUACAAAAUCUCUCCAUUUUAAAGAUCUUUUUUUCUUCUUUUUCAAGCUAUGGAUUUUAUGGAUACCCUUUUUAUAGACAUCUUAAGGUCUUUUCUAAACAAUCUGAGUACUUAUUGUUUCAAUAAUGUUUGUGGUGAAGCUACAGUGAUGGAAGCAGCUGUGGCGAUGAGUAAAUCAGAUUUACUUUGUCCUUGUUUUGAGGGACACAGGCCUAUUGUCUAAUUUGUGUGUUCUUUUUUUAGGCUGAUCUGUAUCCUAACACCGACCCUGGGACUCAAGUCUAUAAGGCUCUGGUGCAAUAAGGGGAGGUUUUAAAACAUUUUGGAGACUGAAGCACACCUGUUGUAUAUCUGUUUUUUUUUUUUUCCAUUUCUGUGCUUUGGAAAGUAAGUAGAGAAUUCUCAAUAUUAAAAGAUAAUGACUUGCUGUUUUGAUUCAGGAAUGUGCUGUACAUAUCCAUUUAAUAAAGUCAGUCUUUUGUUAAAA